AACUGUUACAAUGGCAGUGCGGACAGUAGUUCUCCUGCUAUGUUUGCUUCCGGUGUAAAUAUAAUGUUCCAAGAACUGAAUGGCACGAAAAGAUUCCAAGGAAAAAUAUCAUGGAAACCUCUGCAAAAUGACGAUGUUACUUGGACCAAGUACAAAAUAAUAUCCUUGUACAUUAAUGCUGCUCAUACACACAGGGGUAUCGAAUGUACGGAACUUGAUAAGAAAUUCACAACAUAUACAAUUACCAAAUCUUCACAUGGCAUGAUGAAAAACUCGUUUGUUCGCGUAUUGGUCGCCUCCUACCCACAUUCGAACGACCUGGCUUCAUUCAUGGGUAGAUUUUUGGGGUGCAAAGUUCCAGUUAAUUGCCCAGAGCAUAAACCUGUCACGUCGUUAGUACGCAGCGAGGUACAAGGCAACAUUCAAGAUCCGACCACAACACCUUCGCCCGAUGAGCAUAAACCUGUCACGUCGUUAGCACACAGUGAGGUACAAAGCAACAUUCAAGAUCCGACUACAACACCUCCGCCCAAAGACUACAACAAAGCAUUGUCUCCGACUUCUGAUCUGAUUACACCAACCCCGCGCAAAGAUUACCAGACAGGCAUGAUCUUUGCAUUUGUCUUUGCUACCUCGAGUGUAUUGGCGGUAGCUGCGUUACUAGCCUUUCUGUACUACCGCCGACGUAAAAACUACGAGUCCCCAAAUCCUCUGACAGAUCUGAAAUUUGAAUACGAUGCAUUCAUUAUAUACAGUUCCUAUGACUCGGAAUGGGUGGAGAAAACCCUUCUUCCCACUCUAGAAGAAAAGCACGGGUUAAAGUGCUGUGUACACUACAGGGAUUUCACGCUUGGAAUUCCCAUUCGGCAGAACAUGGUGGACAGCGUAUACAGAUGCAAAAAGACAGUGGCUGUCGUCUCCACCAACUUCUUUAACAGCAGUUAUUGUGGAUCUGAACUGGACUACGCCCUCCACCGACUUAUGGAAAAAAAGGACGAUAGUUUGGUUGUCAUCAAACUUGAUAAUGUCGACAGAAACAAACUUCCGAAGGAAUUACAAAGUAGGAGUUACAUAGAUUAUCCUAAGUCCAUUGAAAAAGAAACUUGGGAGAAAAAGCUCGUUAAAUGCUUAAAAGUCAUAAACUAAAUUGAGAUCGAAUCAUCUUUUUCAUGCUCUUAACCCCUCAUGACAAGCCUGUGCGUCGAUCAUGGGAAGUGGUUGUUUGAAACUAAGUUAAGCAUAGAGGUUUUGCUGUAAAUGCAAGCCAUAAUAUAAUAUUAGCUAGUUAGCUAUCAGUUACCAUAGAUCUAUGGAAUUUUGAAUAGAGAAAACGAAAGACACAUUUCUCUUUUUUACAGAAAGGUGGUUGUAAAGGGUUCGUUUUUUUUAAGAUUUAAAUUCCAGAGCUUAAAAAUGUAACCUAUCAUGUAAUGCGAUCAUGACAAUAUAAGAGAUUAUUUGGUUAGGCGGGUUACCCCAACUAGGCAGGUUACCUCUCCUAUCUGGGGUGUCCCGCGUCCAUGUUAACAAGCCCUUAGUCUCCACAAUAUUCACGACACCGCCUGACAUUGGCAGUUUUUUUUUAAGCAAUUCGCAUGGGAUUGCUCGAGUCAAAUUCACAGAGCUGUCUAUCUUACCCUUUAUAACCUUGGUUAUAACACAAACCGUGUUUCUCUUUUUAAAUGUAUUCGUGUGGCUGAUGAGUAAAAUGAAGUGACCUACA